GGCCCCCGCCACCCGGUGGUUCGUACCCGGGCAGCCUGAGCCGCGGGAAGGGCACCCUAGGGGAGAGGAGGACGCGAGGCACUGUGGCAGGAGAAAGUGACGAGUGCCCUUCGUUGUCAUCCAGGGAGGAGCACGCGGCCACUCUCCCACUCGACCGCCCACGACCAACUCGUCCGCAGAGAUGUCAGCUGCUGGCGCCCGGGGCCUUCGGGCCACCUACCACCGGGUCCUCGAUAAAGUGGAGCUCCUGCUGCCGGAGAAAUUGAGGCCGCUGUACAACCACCCGGCAGGUCCCAAAACAGUUUUUUUCUGGGCUCCAAUUAUGAAAUGGGGGUUGGUGUGUGCUGGAUUGGCUGACAUGGCCAGACCUGCAGAGAAGCUCAGCACAGCUCAGUCUGCUGUUUUGAUGGCCACAGGGUUUAUUUGGUCAAGAUACUCACUUGUAAUUAUCCCAAAAAACUGGAGUCUGUUUGCUGUUAAUUUCUUUGUGGGGGCAGCAGGAGCUUCUCAGCUCUUUCGUAUUUGGAGAUAUAACCAAGAACUAAAAGCUAAAGCAAACAAAUAAGAGUUCCUGACCACCGGAACAGUCUAGAUAUGGAUAUAAUCACUGGGACUAAUUUGAUUUAUUAUUUGGCUAUUGAUAAGGUGAUAUUAACUGUGCUACUGUUUGGAAGGCAUUAAAAAAAUCAAACUGUAAACUGGGGGCUAAUACUUGAUUCAACAGAAAAAUAAAGCAAACUUUUAAUAACU